AUGUGUGAAUGAACCCAGUUUCCCAGCAUUCAUUGCGGUACAGUCUCCAGUUGUCUCCGUGAAUAUCAGAGGGAGGCCUUUCAACGGGUACAUACAUUAAACCCAGUGCGCCUAUAUUGCGGUUGCCCCCUGCACGACAAUGGAAGCAACGGGACGUUCUGUAUCAAGCAACCACACUUUCAACUCCUCAGGUGAUGACUCUCAAUGGGAGGUCAGUGACAACAUUAAACUGUGUCGCUUCCUCUGCUAUGGCUCGGAGGGAGACAAAUACACUGCCAGAGAGGAGAAUCAUCCCAGCAUGGACAGAGUGGGAGCCCUGCUUGCCCUGCUUCAGGAAGGCCAAGGUGUUUUGGUCGUGGAGGAAAUAAAAAGAUUUGCUCAAAAUGGGCAAGCAGUCAGACUUGACCCUUGUAUAUUUGCCUUGGCUUUGUGCUCGCAGCACUCUGAGGUGAAGACCAGACAGGCAGCAUUCAACGCGCUGAGGGAAGUUUGCCAGGAACCUGCCCAUCUGUUUUCUUUCAUUCAAUAUAAGAAACAAUUAAAGGAGGACAUGAAGUGUGGAAUUUGGGGACGUGCCCUAAGGAAAGCCGUGUCAGACUGGUACAACGGGCAGGAUGCUCUGAGUCUUGCUGCGGGUGUGACCAGAUGUAAACAGAGAGAGGGGUGGUCACACCAGGAUUUACUCAGGCUCUCUCACACCAAACCAGCUCAUGAAGCUAUUGCCUUGAUCAGCAAAUAUGUAACAAAGGGAUGGAAAGACACCCAAGUGGCAUACACCGAUAAAGACAACUCAGACGAGGUUGUCAAAGUGCUUUCAUAUCUUGAAGUGGUGGAGAAGGUCAAGCACAGUUGUGACGAAACGGAGGUCAUCAAUUUGAUUGAGGAGCACAAAUUGGAGAGGGAGCAGCUUCUCACAGACCACCUCAAGUCCAAAUCAGUCUGGCGCGCGUUGUUAAAGGAAAUGCCUCUUCAGUCAGUACUAAAGAUCCUGGGAAAGAUGACGGCCAAAAAGGUGCUUCAACCUGAGAGUUUGGAAACACAGGCGCUGUGUGAGAGAAUCCAGAGUGAAGCAGCGCUGAAGAAGGCUAAGGUACACCCUUUCAGCAUCCAACUGGCUUGUGAAAACUACAAAAGAGGCCAAGGCUAUCAGGGUAAAACAAAAUGGGCAGCCGAUAGCAGUAUCCUCAAAGCCCUGGACUCUGCCUUUUAUAAGAGUUUCUUGAAUGUGGAGCCAGUCGGUAAAAACUUUGUCGUGGCUGUUGACGUGAGCACAUCAUUGACCAGUGUUCUCCCAGGGACGUCAGUCAGCACGGCCGUCGCUGCCGCAGUAAUUGCAAUGGUGUUUGUGAAAACAGAGGCCAACACACAUGUGCUGGCGUACUCUGAAGGAGCUUUGAAGCUGUGCUCUGUAUCUGCUGACAUGACUCUGGCGCAAACUACCGAUGAACUAGUGAAGAUCCCUGGGGGGAGCACUGAUUGCACUCUUCCCAUUACGUGGGCCACAAAAAAGGGCAAAGCUGUGGAUGUGUUUAUCAUUCUCACCAACAACCCAGUGUGGACUUUCACUGCCAGCCCCGUGGAGACUCUGAAGAAGCACAGACAAAAAACAGGAUGCCGUUCCAAGUUGGUGAUGUGUGGGAUGACAUCAGUCGGCCACACCAUCGCAGACACGGAGGACAGAGGUCUACUGAUUAUCAGCGGCUUUGAUCUUGGUGCCUUUAGCGUCAUUCGUAACUUAGCACAGGAUCUAAUGUAAAAGUGUUUGAAACAUGGAAUUGCAUCAUUUGACUAAAACAUGAAGGAACACAGCGAAACGACUUGGCUCAGAAUAGAAUAUAUAGUGUACCAAGCACUAAUCCAGGAAGACAAAGUGUCCAGCAGGCUGGACAACACUCUCAAAAUAUAAUGUGCAUAUGUUUUAUGGCUUGAAAAGGUAAUUAUAACAUAUGACUGCAUGUAGUGCUGCUAAAAUUUCAGCUCAGACAGCAAUACUUUUUCAUUUGCUGUUGAAAUGCUGAGACAUGUGAGCAUUGUCAACAUCAAGACAGAUGGCAUGAUGGUCAUACCCUGCUACUGAGUGCAGCAUCAUGUAAAAUGUAGUGGCUUUUGAUUGGCUGUAGUGACAUGUUCUAUACAGAGGCUUAACAGCAGAUGUAGCCUGUGUUUAUUAGAAGGGGAUUUAUAGUAAUAGGGUGAUGAUUUAGCAAGGCUGGUGUAAAGGUAUUUUAUAAGGUUUUUCCGCUGAUUCUCUCAAGUGAUUAGACAUUACCAGGUUUCCUGCAUUGGAAAGGAAAAGCACCAACGUUUGGAAUUUUCCAUGUUAAAUUCUCAGAUUUGUGUUCUGAAAUGUUGAAUGAGUACAUUGCUGUUUACAGUUCCAUUUACUCGCUGGAAUGACUGUUGGUUGUGUUAAUUUUCUUUCCACAAUGUCAAAUUAAUUUUGAGACCAGUUGAAAAAAUGCAAGAUUUACAUUUUGCACUGAAGGAAAAUAAAUAAAUAAAUGGGAGAGCGACAGGGGAAAAAUUGGAGUGAGCAGUUUAGUGCAAACAAGCAUAAAAGUGAAAUAGGCUGUUCAUCAGCUGAUGAAAACUAAGACCACAGCCUUUCAAAAACAAAAUUUUGGCAAAAAUGUGGAUUCAUUGUCAUUUUUUGUCAGGUAUUCACACUGUCAUGAUCUCUUGAUGGCAAAGCUUUCCAUCUUUGAACGCAGCCAGAUUGUUGAGCUGCAUAAGCAAGGCAUCAUGUAGCACGGCAUUGCUGCUGAGUUUGGACGCAGUAAGACGGUCAUUUUAACCUUCUUAAAAGAUCCUGUGUGUUACGGGGGGGGGGGGGAUGCACCAGCCUGAGCCGGAGGUUCCGAUUGGCUGCUAAGACACAAGACCAUCCUCGGCCCAAAUGAAGGUUGUUACUGAUACGGAGUGCAAUCCAAUAACCAACAGACGGCAUCUGCGAAAGAAGGAUUUUAAGAACAAAAAAUGUUCUUCAACGUUACAAAAUUGCCCGUUUUGAAUUUGCACAAGAGCACGGGAGAACAUGGGACAUUGAAAGGUGGAAGAUGAGAUCCCACAUGGGAACAAAGAAGCUUCAGGUCCUGCAGGGGUGUCAAAUGGCAGUUGGCUGUGUGGAGAUGUUGCAGGGGGCAUCCCUCAUGACUGAAGGCCCUCAUCUGUGUGGUAAUGACUGUGCUUUUGAACAAGACAACACUGCAGUUCACAAUGCCUGCCUGACAAAGGACUGCUUCCAGAGGAAUAACCUCUUUUUCUGGCCAUCCUGUAUGUUCUCCUGAUCUCCAUCCAAUUGAGAACAUUUGUGGAUGGACAGUUCCAGACAGUGGAUGCCCUCCGUGAAGCCAUCUUCACCACCUGGAGCAACAUCCCCACUAUAGCCUCAAGUAAACACUGCCGUCAGGAGCUAUCAGUUCCCUUGUCAGAUGUUUUGCUAUAAAAGUAAUGUUGUUGCCCUGAAAUGCAGUUUUUUUGCAUUUUUCUUUCCCAUUUGUAGUGUUUUAGUUAUUGGAGCAAUUGGGUGUUCUCAGAAUUAUGUACACCACAUUUUAAAAAACGCCAAUAUUAGUUUUUUAACCAUGGGAAAAACCUCUUUUACAACAAUAGUUUAGCAUUUUUUAUGUAAGAAGCAAAACAUUUAAAGUAAAAUACAACUCUGAAAUCAAAUGGAACAGAACUUGGUAAAAUUAAAUUUACAAAUGUAAUUGUAGGGCAUAUAUUAUUGUAGCACCUGUAAUACAUAAAAACAAUGUUUUGUUUGGUCAGGUAAUCGUACUUAUUGCCACAAUAGCAAACGGCAAACGGUUGAGUUUUUUCCAUCCAGUACUGAUGUAAAUUUCAAUGAUUUAAACAUGAUCUGGCCACUGAUCAAAGUGAUACAAAACAAAAGUGUGGAUUUGGGCUGUAAUGCUAAUACAAUCUGUUAUGGUGAAGCUCUGAUACAACAACUAGUUGCGUGUUUUUAAAUAACUUGUUGAACGGCACAUUUUCCUGUUGUCUUCUGUAUGCUGCUCAUUAUUUGUAGUGCUUAAAUCCUAAUAAACACUAAGAUGAUGUUCGUAUUCU